AUAAAACCAACGUGGCGCGCCGUAUACGCUUGUCUGCCGCGGCCGGCCCUCUCGCGCAAGCAAGCUUAAACGUCGCCACCGUACCGCGCGUCGCGACGGCGAGCGGAGACCGCGCGCUUGAAAAGAGUUACAAGCCCAAAAAAUUGUUGUCGCUGCACCGCAAAAAACGAUGGCCUUCUACGAGACCCCCCGCCGCAACGCGAGCGACGGCUCCGGCGCCUCAAACCGAUCGACGAACCGCGGCCACCGCCGCGAGCACUCCGACCCCUGCCCGCUCCCGUCGCCCGGUUUGCCGCACAAGGCCCUGUCCACGCCGGAACUGUUGCGCUCCAAGACGGUCGGCGACCCCUGUUCCGCCAUAAGACGGUCCUGUUCCUCAUUGGCCGCUUUGCGCGGUUUGACGCCCGAGCCCGUCCCGCCGAACGCCGACGGGUUCGAAGAGCUGCGGGAGGGCGACGAGUUCUUCGACAACUUCAGCUGGUUGUUUGUGCUGCUGGCGGUCAUACUAAGAUACGUCUGGCACAACAACGUGUCGUCGUUUUUACUCAUCUGGUGGAUCCUGCCGGCGAUGAUCCCGGAACAAUUUAUGCUCGACGAGGCCGUCGACCCGCGCGGCGACUGGACGGCCAUGGGCCUCCGGGCGUCGCUCUUCACCGCCAAGACCUUCCGCUGGAUGCAUCUGGCCGACGGCCACCCGGCGAUGGAGAUCGGGAUAAGGUGGUGCCUCAUCGUCAUACUAACACUCUUCGGCCAGUGGGUCUGCGCGGCGGCGUCGCGGCGCCUGGCGAUCAUUCUGAUGCGCGACCGUAAUUUAUCGAAGCGCGACGCGGACCACCCGCUCCGGGGCAGCCGGGGGAGCGUCUAAG